AUGGCCCACAACAACAACAUCAUCAACGCUCCUGCGCCCAACAUCCCCUACUUUGCUCCCGCACAGUAUCCUCCCGCAGGCACCGCGCUUGACCCGCAACCUGAUGGCAAGCCCAUCCCGACGCUCUUCAAGCCUCUGAAGAUCCGCGGCGUCGAGUUUCAGAACCGCAUCUUCCUCGCCCCGCUCUGCCAAUACUCGUCCGAGAACGGCAAAGUCACGCCAUGGCAACUCGCCCACCUCGGCGGCAUCUUCACACGCGGACCGGGCCUGACGAUCGUCGAGGCGACCUCAGUCGUGCCCGAGGGGCGCAUCACGCCACAGGACGCGGGCAUCUGGAACGACGAGCAGGCAGCGGCGUGGCGCGAGGUCGUGCAGUUCGCGCACGCGCAGAACCAAAAGAUCGGCAUCCAGCUCGCGCACGCGGGCCGCAAGGCGUCGACCGUCGCGCCCUGGCUCCACGGCGGCCUCUCCGCGCCCGUGGCCGACGGCGGCUGGCCCGACGACGUCUGGGGCCCGUCGGCGAUCCCGUUCAGCGAUGACUUCCCGCAACCGAAGGAGCUCACGACGGAGGGCAUCAAGCGUGUCGUGGCCGCGUUCGCGGACGCGGCGAAGAGGAGCUUGAAGGCGGGCUUCGACGUGAUCGAGAUCCACUCUGCGCACGGGUACCUCCUCAGUGAGUUCCUGGCACCCGUUUCGAACCACCGCACGGACGAGUACGGAGGGAGCUUCGAGAACCGUAUCCGACUGCUCUUGGAGGUCGUCGAUGCUAUCCGUGCGGUGAUCCCACCCACGAUGCCUCUCUUUGUUCGUGUCUCCGCGACCGACUGGCUCGACGAGACUCACCCCAACGAGCGCUGGGGACACGAAGACACCGUCAAGCUCGCAGGCUUCCUCGCCGUCCACGGCGUCGACCUCCUCGACGUCUCCACGGGCGGCAUCCACCCCGCGCAGAAGUUCAAGCUCGGGCCGCUCAUGCAGCACCACCUCAUGCAGGUGCCGUUCUCCAAGGCGGUCAAGGCGGCGCACGGAGACAAGCUGCUCGUCGGCGCGGUCGGCACGAUCAACACGGGCACGCUCGCGCAGGGCGUGCUCGACGAGGGCGCCGCGGACGUCAUCUUCGUCGGGCGGCAGUUCCAGAAGAACCCCGGCACGGUCUGGGCGUUCGCGGAGGAGCUGGGCGUGACGAUCACGCAGAACCACCAGAUCGAGUGGGGGUUCAUUGGCCGGGGAGGUGUCGGUAGGCCGGCGAAGAGCCAGUGA